CCCGUCUCUUCUGUUCUUGUUCCAUCAACGAAUCGGCGACAAUCCUCCCGCAAAUGGCGCAGAGUAUCAACCAGGAUUGUGUAUGCCAGAUGUGUGGGGUUGAAGGCUUUAAGGAAUUGCUAGUUCAUUGCUUUUCCUGUGGUGUUUCUGAACAUAUGUAUUGCAUGGAGAAAGUCAUAAUGGAAGUACCAAAAGAAUGGAAAUGUGAUGAAUGUCAAAUAAAGACUCCAGAGAUGACACCAAAGCAUAAACAUAAUGGGGGCAUGUCUAGGCAUCUCGACGAUCUUCAGAAGAACACCGAUCUCCAGAGGAACACCGAUCUCCUCGAGGUGGGUGGUUCUAAUGAGCCAGAUGACACACCCGACCAUGUAGAUCCGACAUUACCGGAGGUUGAGAUGAUGCCGACAUCAUUCUCCCAGCCUGAAGGAUCUACAUCAAAGAAAAAGGGUCGGGGCAAAAAUAAGAACACGGCCCUCUCAAAGUUGAGCUCGGGUGAGAAAAUAACAAUAGAAUUCUCGCCAAAUGGGAGAGUGUGUUGCAACAACAGCAAAACAUGGUCCAGACAUAUUGGGAUCGUUGUUCAGGACCCAACUGUGAUAUCACAUCGUUUGCUGCAUUGGUCAGACUUGAGCUCCAACGACAUAGAGCAUCUUUGGAAGUCAGUAACGAAUCAUUUUAAGGCAUUGCCGGAACAUAUUGAUUAUUAUCGGAAAUAUAUAAUGAAACAUGUUAAGGUGGUUUGGGGUAGGUAUCGAUGUAAUAUCAAUCGGAUUAAUGUUAAAACUCAUAAUGGGGAUCUAGCAGCUAUUAGAGCGCACAAACCAAUUGGAUAUACGGAAGAUGAUUGGAAUUACAUUUUGGAUCGUCACUUUCUCCGAGACGAUUUUCGGGUAAGGAGUGAGCGGAAUUCGCAAAAUAGGAAGAAUCUUCAAUUGACACAUCAUGCGGGGAGUGUGUCAUUCUCUCAAGUGACAGCAAAAAUGGUAAGUAUAUUUAUAUUAUUCAUGGAUGAUGACUCUACUCGUGUGGUGGAUCCCCAUGUACAAGAGAAAAUUGAUGCGAUGCGCCAAACGCUAGAGAGAAAUCCCGAUAUGUCCAAUUACGAGCUGACUGAGAACCUUUUUAGACGACAAAGGCACGGGAGUGUGAUUGGAAUGGGAUCCGGGGUGAGACCCACCCAGUUUAGAGGAGAUUUGCGUGGUGGAAGUAACUCGCAUUGGAAGGAGCAAGAUUACGAGCAGUUGUGUACUAAAUUACAAGAGGAGACUUCGAAAAGAGAAGAGUUGGAAAGACAAAUGGAAAUACAAAAAGAAAAACAAAGUCAAAUGGAAAUACAGUUGACGGAGUUGCCGACGUUGUUGGUGAGAUUUCCUCCAACUCCACCUCCGGAUGAGUCUGGUAUAUGAUAGACUUGCUUUUAUCUCUCAAUA